GGCACACGAUAUGGUGCCAGUCUUAGGAAGCAGAUCAAGAAGAUGGAAGUGAGCCAGCACAGCAAAUACUUCUGCGAGUUCUGCGGAAAGUAUGCCGUAAAGAGAAAGGCUGUUGGUAUUUGGGGUUGCAAGGACUGCGGGAAAGUCAAGGCCGGUGGUGCAUACACUAUGAACACUGCUAGUGCGGUGACAGUGAGAAGUACCAUUAGACGGCUAAGAGAGCAAACCGAGAGCUAGAGACUGAACAGUUAGAGAGAAUUUUCUUCAUCUAUCUAUAAUACAGAGCAUAAACAAGUUCCUUGUGGGUUACGUUUUCCAUAGAGAAGUUCCAAUUGGAUUUUGAUUUUCUUAAUUGCAUUUGGCAAAUGCCAAUACACUAGAAACAUUGUAUCGAAUAAUAUAGCAAUACACCAAAAAUAUUUGAGAAUCAUUCAUGGCUAAGGCUUCCACAGUUGAAAUGAGACUUUUUCAUCAGCAACCAAGAAAGGAAAGAGGACAUGAACUUGUCUCUGAACAGGGUCAUCCACUUGCCUCUGCUCUGCUGCAUGAAACCUACUGUAUAUGAUGUAGUUAUAAGAUCAAUGCUUCUCCAUUUCCUUGAUCCUGCAUACUUGUUCAAACCAUCUUCAAUCCGCCUAUAACUCUCGU